GAGUUAUCAAGAAGAUAAGGCAAUAUAAUGAAAUAGUGAGUGAUUAAAAUGUUCUAAACAAAUCUCGUUGUUUUCGUACUUGUAUAAUAUCUAGUGUCGCCAGUAUCAUUUAAACAUGGCCAUGAAUGUCCAAAAAUUGUUAAGAACCGUUUCUAAAAUAAAACCAACGCAAGUGAGGCAGGUAUCUCAAUAUUAUCCCAUCGAUGAACAUAUUUUCGGACUCAAAGAUGAAGAAAUACAGUUGAGGGAAAGUAUUUUUAAUUUCGCACAGAAAGAGCUUUCGCCAGUGGCCAACGAAAUUGACAAAAAAAACAAUUUCGAUGAUUUUAGAAAUUUUUGGAAAAAACUUGGACAGUUAGGAGCGUUAGGAAUCACUGUUAACCCUGAAUACGGUGGUACCGGGGGAUCGUAUUUGGAUCACUGCAUUAUUAUGGAAGAAUUAUCCCGUGCCUCUGGUGCUAUAGCUUUAUCCUAUGGAGCCCAUUCUAAUCUAUGUGUUAACCAAAUCCACAGAAAUGGCAGUGAGUAUUUAAAACAAAAGUAUCUACCUAAAUUAUGUUCUGGGGAAUACGUUGGAGCUCUAGCAAUGUCAGAACCUGGAUCAGGAUCUGACGUAGUAUCAAUGAAACUAAAAGCCCAGAAGAACGGCGACCAUUAUAUUUUAAAUGGCAACAAAUGUUGGAUAACAAAUGGACCAAAUGCAGAUGUGCUAGUAGUUUAUGCAAAAACAGACUCUUCAGCUAAAAGAGCACAACAUGGUAUAUCAGCUUUCGUCAUAGAAAGGGAUUUUGCUGGGUUCAAAACAGGUCCAAAACUAGAUAAACUAGGAAUGCGAGGCUCUCCUACUGGUGAACUUAUUUUUGAAGAUUGCAAGGUUCCUAAAGAAAAUUUACUCGGUAGUGAAAAUAAGGGUGUCUACGUUUUAAUGAGUGGACUAGAUUUUGAAAGGCUUGUACUAGCGGCAGGGCCUGUGGGUAUAAUGCAAGCUUGUUGUGAUGUAGCUUUUUCUUAUGCUCAUGUUAGGAAACAAUUUAAUCAACCUAUAGGACAUUUUCAGCUUAUCCAAGCUAAGUUAGCCGAUAUGUAUACGACUUUAAGUGCGUGUAGAAGUUACAUUUAUAACGUAGCUAGGUCUUGUGAUAAUAAAAAAGCUAAUAAAAAAGAUUGUGCUGGUGUUAUAUUGUACUGUGCCGAAAAAGCUACUCAAGUUGCUUUGGAUGCUAUACAGAUUUUGGGGGGAAACGGGUAUAUUAAUGAUUAUCCUACAGGAAGAUUUCUCAAGGAUGCUAAAUUAUAUGAAAUAGGAGCUGGAACAUCAGAAAUUAGGAGAUUACUUAUUGGGAGAACCAUAAAUGGUGAAUACUCUUAAAAAAACGAUAUUCUUUCAAGUAAUUUUUUUGUUAUCUCAAAGUAUCUAGAGCUUAUAACUACU